AUGGCACCAUACAAGAGCGUCAAGUACCGAUCGUGGUACUCCGAGAUGCACAAGAGUGAGUAUGUCAACGCGGAACUCGACCCGACCGACACAGUCAUAAACACCGACAAACUGAACACUGUCGUCCUCGAUUGGGUCGUCCAAGUUGAAGACGAUGGACAGUUCGACCUCUUCAUCCUCCAGGAGUUCCAAAAGUCCUUCGAGGAUUGGACUCAAGAUAUCAUAACUGCGGUCGACGUGCGGCUCCGGAAAGCAGUCAAGGAAUUGCUCCGACACCGAGGGAUUUACAUCCAGAUCAACAGUCGUGACACAGUAAUAACGCAACUGUACAACCUCCUCCAUCUCUCGUCGUGCCCGAUAUGGCCUGACGACGAGCUUGAGCUUAUGCGACUCGUCGACGGUUUCAAGUGUCGACAGCUCACAAACAGCAACUACAGUUACCCUAACCCUCCGCAGCCACCAACAGGAUACCCACAAGCACAGUACUCACCGUCGCCAGCUCAACUCAACGUGACAGCACUCACAAACCUCGCGAAGCUGUACAAUAACAACGAUAAGUUCAGUGGUGACAAGUAUGACGUGCUCAGUCACAAACUGGUCAUCUUUCGAGAGCUUUGCGCCAAAGUCGGCAUUCAACCUGGCCAAACUGACCGCUACAAGCUAGCCAUCUCCACUAUGCUUACUGGCAAAGCGUCAACUUACUACUACCAAUCUAUCGCUCCACUUGACCUUGGAUACGAAGACAUCAUCGCGAAACUGGGCGCCUACUUCCACACUACCGAGAACUACCAGUUGUUCUUGAACGAAUGGCGCACCAUUAUGCUAAAGGACGUCAUCGCAAGUAAUCCUGACAAGACAAUUGCGCAAUGCCUUGACUUGCUCAUCGACAAGCUCCACAAGCUGUACCAAGCGAUGGCUCAGCAGAAUGGACUCAGCGAGUCAAGCCUCACCGGACAACUUGUGUCAGCAUGCCAGGGUGUCGAAGCCUGCAGCGCAGUCCUGAUCCGACCUGCGUCGACCUUUGAAGCAGUCGCUUCAGAGCUCCGCAACGCCGUCGGUAACUGGCAACGCUGUCACCCGCAUGCUCGAACGCAGUUCAACUAUGACAAUGAACAGACAGACGAUGACAUCUUCUACACAAACCGACGAUACAACCGAAACGACGAACCUCGCGACAGACCCCGAGGCUAUGGCACCGGUCGCUUCAACCGCGGACCGACGCUGUCACGACCGCGAUACCCUCCCCGCCGCUCGCACGAUAAAAAGUGCUAUGUGUGCGGCAAACAAGGAUGCUGGUCAACGCGACAUUCACACGAGGAGCGCAAUGAGUCGCACCAACGCUUCAAGACUUAUGUCCAAAACCACGAUCUCGAUGACGACUACGACGUGUUCCUCGCCGGAUUCGAAGGCAUCGAGCUUCAUGACGAGGCAGAGGACGACGACGGCAACCGCGUUGAUGACCUCGAUGCGUACUUCCAACAUGAACAAUUCAACACCGCUGCUUGCGGAACCAUCGACGGGCAAGCGCUCACCAUCAACCUCAACGACGCCGCGGCGACCCACGCGAUCACUGGGAUCGACCCAUACGCGUCGGAGACUGCAAAGGAGGCACCCCACAUGUUCACCUUCGAUCACCGAUAUGGUGCUCACUGUUUCCAAGGCAUCAUGCCCGACACCGGCGCGGCCGGAGUCUCCACUGCAGGAAAGACCCAGGUCAUGGCACUGCAACGCCUCCAGCCAUCGGCCACGAUCAAUGAGUCCACGGCAGGUCGCCACCGAAUUCGAUUUGGAGAUAACCCAGAGUGUCUCUCACUUGGCGAGGUGAAGGUCAAAACCCCGCUCGGCGUUAUACUUUUUGCGGUGAUGCCGACCAACACGCCUUUCUUGCUGUGCCUUGCAGACAUGGACCGCCACGGGAUCUACCUCAACAAUGUUGACAACGUGCUUGUACACGAGUCACGGGAGUACCCCAUUGUGCGCAAAUGGGGACACCCAUGGCUCCUGCUCGACGACCAAGAGACCGCGACGCACUACCUCACCGAGGUAGAGCUUGCGCAACUCCAUCGGCGCUUUGGUCAUCCAGCUGCGGGACGACUCUACAAGGUCCUCGCGAGAGCAGGUUAUAACGAAGUCGAUGCGGCGACCAUCGAAAAGAUCAACAAGUUCUGUCACCAAUGUCAGAUUACUGGCAAGGCGCCAGGACGAUUUCGGUUUACCCUCCGCGACGAUAUCAACUUCAACUAUCGACUUAUCGUCGACGUGAUGUACAUUAAUCAGAGGCCAGUACUUCAUGCUAUUGACGAAGCAACUGCCUUCCAAGCAGCGCGCUUUCUCACCGACAUGAAAGCAAGCACAACAUGGGACACACUCCGCGCCAUGUGGAUCGAUAUGUACGUUGGUCCGCCUGAUGUCAUAGCCACCGACGCUGGCAAGAACUUUGCGAGCGAGGAGUUUGUCAACAAUGCAAAGACAAUGGCCAUCGAGGUUGACGAGGUGCCUGUCGAGGCGCAUAACUCCAUCGGCAAGGUGGAGCGGUACCAUGCGGCCAUCCGCCGUGCCUUCGAAGUCAUCUCCGCCGACAUAGACAGCGACACGUCAUCUGAACACCUCCUCCAGAUGGCUGUGAAAGCCGUCAACGACACUGCUGGUCCAGAUGGCCUUGUGCCUACUCUCCUCGUCUUUGGCACCUACCCCCGCCUAUCCAAGACAUCGCCGCCAUCACCAUCCAUCAGCGCGCGCGCGAAAGCGAUAAAGAACGCGAUGGCGGAGGUCCGCAAGAUCAAAGCAAAACGCCAGGUGAACGACGCACUUGCGACACGCAACGGACCGAACGUCAUUGAAACGCUUCAGCUCCCGAUCCAGAGCAGCGUAAAGGUUUUGGCGCGAGAACCGCGGUUGGACUGGUCCCCAUACCCUCAUCGCCCAGAACGACGACCUAACCGCCGCGAUUGUCGACGUCGACGGCAGGCAGGCGACAUUUCGAGUCACAUCGGGGGGGGCAUGACAACGGCACAACUCCACCGUAUCCCGCGCGACGACCGAAAUAAGAAGAAAGUGGGGGUUAGGGGUCAAUAG